AUGCAUUCAAAGAAGCUUUUGUCUUUGGCCUUGAGCCUUUUUAUAGCGGAGUCGGUAGUAGCAAGUCCUUGCAAACCGAAAACUACCACUGACGCCACUUCUGUGACCUCAAACACGCUAUCUGAAUCCACGACCACGAUCCUCCCUGUGUCCUCCACUACGGAAACUACCCUGGCAACUAUUGAGACCAGCACUGCCGCGGAAACCAGCGAGACUGAGACUGAGACUGAGACUACUACUACGCUUUUGACCAGCACCACCGCUACAUCUGCAGUUGAUACUACCACUACUGAAGAGGGAACAACCACGGUCGGCGAGACUACCACUGCCGUUGGUGAUACAACCACCACAGCAGCGGAGACUACCGCUACCACUGAGACUGGAACUACGACCGGGGAGGCAACCACCACAGAGGCUCAGACAACAACCACUGCAGAGGCCGAGACUACUACAGAGGCCGCGACUACAACCGCCGCAGAGCCCGUCUGUGCCCAAACUCUACUCCUAGCCAAUCCCACUCCGAUCUUUGGCUCGGGAAACACUGUUGACGAUGACUCCAGAAGUGUCGUUCCACCUUUCUCCAUCGAGGUCUAUGGCGUUGGCUCAACAGAUGUCUACGUUGGUUCGAACGGCUUUGUGACACUGUCCGGUGGCUCAAGCAGUUUCAACAAUGGCCCAUUGCCCGCCCAGAGUCUCCCGAGCAUUAGCAUCAUGCCCUACUGGGACGAUCUCAUCAUCAGGGGGGGUACCUGCAACACGGGCAUUUACUACGAUGUCUACGAAACUGACCGCGGUAACACGUUCACUGUCGAGUGGCAGCUUAGCAGUAUUGGUCUUGGGGAUGCGGCUGGUGAGCACUUCUCGGCCAGUUUCUACGAAGAUUUUCCCGGCUUGGUCAGGUUUGAGUACUAUCAGACUGCCAGGCAUGGUUCGAGCGCAACUGUUGGUCUGCAGAAUGGGCAGCAGUACUCCCAAUAUUCUUACAACCAAGACAACUCUAUCCCUGAUCAGUUCUUUGUUGAGAUUGAUACAAGCAGUGGAACCGCCCUCACCCUGAGUGGUGCUCUGUAA